AGAGAUGCAGACUGGCACUGAAUGAGUUAUUGCAUUUGAAGGCUCCCUCUUAGGGUGUGCAGAAUGAAUUGCAGGCUGUGCGAGAUGCUCAGGAUACCAAAUCAGAUACAAGGAAGGCUACUCUACUGAACUCAGCUCUCCGGCUGUCAGGACCACUAAGGAACUGCACAGGAGCUCCACUGGGGACACAAGGUCCAUCACGUGGUUAGUCCAAUUCUUAUCUCCCUGGAAGAAUGUAAUGCCUGCUUUAUGCCUCUUGGAUUCAUUAUAAGAAAAUAUCAACACAGUGCAUCUUGGUUUCCUUCUGCCCAUCACAGAAAGAAUCUCCAAAUUGUCCUUAUACGUACGCUCAUGUACAAGGGAAAUUCCUAAUCUUGCAGGAGCAUUUUCUGAUGUCUUCUUUAGACUGCAAAUACAGAGUGAUUUACUGUUUUGGUCUUCUUUAGAUUAAUCUAAUAUCUUUGAAUCUUCAGGCUGACAACAAGAGGGACAAUGGAGGAUGUUAUAUUCUUAUGAAGACAAAGAAUCCCAUUUACCUCCUAUUGUGCACUGAGGUGAUGCUCACAUUCUACCUGAUUUUGGAAAUCGCAUCACUCCUGUAACCUAUUGUUAGAUGGAAUCCCUUUCCUUCUGAACAAUCCUUGGCUGAUGCACUAUAGUUAUUCCAUUUGGUGAAUCUCACUAGGUUAGAAAAUUUGGACUUGACAAGAUGAUGAUGAAUGAGAACUCAGACUUGGCAUCACCUUCCUCACUUGGGGUUGUCACAGCCACAUGUGUGUCCAAAGUUGAGCUUCGUGUAUACUGCAAGAACCUGCUGGAUAGGGACACACUCAAUAAAUCUGACCCAUGUGUGGUACUUCUAAUGCAGUCCCAGGGUCAGUGGAUGGAGGUGGACAGGUCAGAGAUAAUAAAGAGCAACCUGAACCCUGUAUUCUCUAAGGUCUUCACAGUGGAUUAUUACUUUGAAGAAAUGCAGAAACUACGAUUUGAAGUGUAUGACAAUCAUGGUCACUGCAGUAUUGGAGCAAGAGAUGAUGACUUCCUAGGGGGAGUUGAAAUUACAUUGGGACAGAUUGUUGCACAAAAGAAGAUUACCAAAGAGUUGUUUUUGAAAUAUGGAAAGUAUGCAGGAAAAUCAACUAUAACGGUGAUGUCUGAAGAGAUCUCAGGAAACAAUGGAUAUGUGGAGCUCUCAUUCUGUGCAAAGAAACUGGAUGACAAGGAUCUUUUUAGCAAAUCAGAUCCAUUCCUGGAAAUCUAUAGGAUUAAUGAUGAUCAAAGUGAGCAGCUUGUGUACAGGACAGAGGUCAUUAAAAACAAUUUGAACCCUGUGUGGGAGUCAUUUAAGGUGUCGCUAAAUUCUCUUUGCUGCUGUGAAGAAAAGAGGAAGCUUAAGUGCCUGGUCUGGGAUUAUGACUCCCGUGGAAAACAUGAUUUUAUUGGAGAGUUUUAUGCAACCUUUGAAGAAAUGCAAAAAGCAAUUGGAGGAAAUAAGAUGCAGUGGGAUUGUGUGAACCCCAAGUACAAAGUAAAGAAGAGAAAUUACAAGAACUCUGGAAUUGUUAUACUGACUAAUUUGAAGAUACACAAAGUCUAUUCUUUCCUUGACUAUAUUAUGGGCGGCUGCCAGAUCCACUUUACAGUGGCUAUAGACUUCACAGCAUCCAAUGGAGAUCCUCGGAACAGCUGCUCUCUCCACUAUAUCAACCCUUAUCAGCCUAAUGAAUAUCUAAAGGCAUUGGUCGCAGUGGGGGAAAUCUGCCAAGACUAUGACAGUGAUAAGAGAUUUUCAGCUCUGGGAUUUGGAGCUCGGAUUCCUCCAAAUUAUGAGGUGUCACAUGAUUUUGCUAUUAACUUCAAUCCAGAUGAUGAUGAAUGUGAAGGUAUUCAAGGUAUUGUGGAAUCUUAUCAGAACUGCUUGCCUAAAAUUCAGCUCUAUGGACCUACGAAUGUGGCACCUAUCAUCUCCAGGGUGGCAAGAUUUGCUGCUGAAGAGGAAAGAACUAAAGAGGCUUCUAAAUACUACAUCCUCCUUAUUAUUACGGAUGGAGUGGUAACUGACAUGGCAGAUACCCGUGAGGCCAUUGUGCGUGCUUCCUACCUGCCGAUGUCCAUCAUCAUUGUGGGUGUCGGCAAUGCAGAUUUCACAGACAUGCAGAUUCUCGAUGGGGAUGAUGGGAUUCUGAGAGCCCCCAAGGGGGAACCGGUGCUCCGUGAUAUUGUACAGUUUGUACCAUUUAGAGAAUUCAAGAAUGCCUCUCCUGCUGCUUUGGCUAAAUGUGUCUUGGCUGAGGUGCCCAAACAAGUUGUGGAGUAUUACAGCUACAAAGCCUUCCCCCCUCGCUGCCCAAAAGCGGAAUCUCCAGACUCUGCUCUCAACUCCCCUCAAUGAACCCUGUUUUACUUCUCCAUUCUCUCCCCUGCAUACACUAGUCUGAUCCUUCACUAGUCCAAUGGGACAAUGGAUUAGAUGCAGCACACUAUGCGCCAAUCAUCUCUUAAUGCCAUCUCAUGGCCAAGCAUGCAAACACAGAUGCCCAGCCUCAUAUACGCUAGAUUCACUGCUCAGAUACUUGACACAAACUCUUUCUUCAUUAGCUGCUAUGAUGAGGAUCUCUCACAUAUAGGAGAGCUUCUGUCUGUGUCCUCACUUUAAGGGUGAGGACUUUCAGCACACAAACAGUUGACACAUUCGCUCCAUGAGAAUAUGCAUAGCUGACAUGCUGAACGGUGUUUCAAAUAAUGAUUGUAUGGAAGAGUCCCAGUUGCACCAGCUUUAUAAUGAAUUCAAAACCACCCGAUGCUUAUGAGUCUGGAUGAAACAGAAAAAAAGCAGUUCCAACUUCUGACACCAAUUGUAGGCACAAGAGCCACAAAUACUCACCUUGAGGAACGAUGAACUUUGAUCAUAACCCUAACGUCUUCUGAGAGUCUGAAUGUACAAUUCAAGGUCCUUCUAGAAAACACUGGAAAGGGAAGGCAUGAGGGUGGCUUGGGUGGUUCCUAAAAUCCAGGCAGUCCUCUUCAAGGGGGGCAUCCUACUUUUAACUGGUGAGAUCUUUGUGAGAUUUAGUAAAGUGCAAAUGGAAACUUGUUCUUGUGCUUAGCUUUUAGUGGUUGCUUCUUUUUUGCUUUUUCACAAGAGCUUGUUCAAAAGCAUUCACUAGAUAGUAAGCACUGAAUAUAAAUCUAUUUUAUCUAAUGGGUUUAUGGAUUUGCUUUUUAAAUACAUUCUUUAAAAUGUGUUGCACAGACUAUACAGAAUCAUGUUAAUCUAUGAACUGGCCAGUUCUUCUGAGGUUUCCCAAUCCCAAACCUCUGUAGGGGUUUGCCCCGGAUUCUUUGUAUUUUUAUAUCACAAUAGAAUUUGCCAUAAGACUUACUUCCACAAAGACAUUUUACCUAGAAAUUGAAUCACUCCUUGUGGUUGUCAAAUAAGGUUUUAUUAGAAUGCCUCUACCACUUCAAGCACCUUGGCAGUUCUAUUCAUAAUCAUAAAUACAAGAAUGCAGAGGAAGAUAGUUUUGUGCAUAGAUUGCUCCAUGUAUGUUUAUUUUUUAAUAAUGUAGGAAAAUUUAAAUGAACUUUUACUCCCAUCUGAGGAAGCAAAUAUUUAUGGUUUUACAUGUUCUCUUGCCUGUCCAACCCUCACUUACGCACCUGCAACCCUGGAACGCAUUACCUUUAGUUGCAAUUGGGAGACAGGGAGAUGAGGUGAAAUUGUUUUAGUAUGACCAGUUUUUAAGGCUACCCUUCAGAUAAAUUUAUUCUUAUUUAAAAUUUAACAUGAGAAAAACAAUUUUGGAAAUGAUCUGUGAUGACUGCAUAGAAAUCUGCAGUAUGGUACCUUUUAUCUCCAUCUAGGCCAGGGGUAGUAUAGAGACAGUCUGUUAAAUGGCCUAGGGUACUAACAGCUAUGUCUGGUGUUUAAUUUCAGCGUAUUUCUAGAAAUAAACUUCUGUAAGGGCACAGCAACUGCAUCUGUUAAAAAGAAUGAAAUGGUAGGCAUGUUUUAAACAAAAGGUUUUUUUUGGAGACAAUAAUCACCAGAAAUAAGGUAGAUUCACAUUUGUAGGCAGAGAAAAAGUGACAGAUUAAACCCCUCUGCUGUCUUUUUGCCCUGAUAUCUCCAAAGGUUCAUUUUAAUGACAACUUUCUGUUUAUAUUACCUUCAAUGACUUCAAGUCAUGCUCUGCCCGCAAGGCUGGCUUGCUCUGAAGAUUCAUUUGCACAGGGUUUAUUCUCAGGAACACAUUGAGGUUUCCUUUUAAGCUUCAUUUCAAUGGCAUGUGAAACUCUAUUGCAACACCCUUUGUUGGUCUGGAUGUUCGCGGUUUGUGUCACUCGUUUCAAAAUAGAUAGGGUUGCAUUCAGAAUAACAUUCCAGGUAACAGAUCCAAUUACCUAAGGCGCGGAUUCAAAAUAUCUUUGUAAUGUGCCUCUAUGAAACAAAGUUUAUACAUCACCAUCCUAUACCUCUGGCAUUUGUAAUUUAAUUAUUUAAACAGAAAAUAUCUCAAUAAGGAAACCUGAUAGCAAAUAACUAAUAUGCUUCUAAGGUUAAACUGUUUGUUGUAAAGAUAUUUUCCUGUGCAGAAGGAGAGGCAUGAAUCUGAAUGGCCAAUCUUUUCUGUUUUUGUACUAACCCACUGUUUCGUGUUUAGUGCAUGUACCAAAUUCUCAAGUUCUCUGUUGUGCAACAAAUAGAAGGCCAGGUGUACAACACUAUUGCGUGUUUUGGUGCUUCUGUAAGGUUUGCAUGCUACUUGUAUAUGUUUCAGAGACAAGAUGUCUCCAAUAAAGUGAAUUCUUUA